AUGACUACCAAUGGUGCUCCCUACGCAGGCCAAUCGCUGAUAGACACUUCCAUCUUCACUACACUCCAAUCCAAGAUCGAUGAAGAGAGCACUGUUCGCGACGAGCUGAAGGAGAUAGUCGACAAACUCUCUAAACAAGGUCGCACCACACAAUCCAUCCUCUCAAGAAUACAUAAUGUCCCAUCGCAGUCUGUGGGGACAGAGGUCCUAGAUCCAUGUAUGAAAGCUUUGGAAGAGCAGCGAAAUUCAGUAUCCUCGCUAGCAGAGGCCGCAAGUAAAUUUCCGUUCUACAAGUACAACUUCGUUUGGCAGAGGGAGAUUCAGAAUGUCGUCAGUAGCUUCCAGCUCUGGCACUGGCUGAGUAGUGGCAAGCUGAAGUCGAUCGAAGAGGUUGGGGAGUACUUUCGAGGCGAGUUUGCAAUUCUCUUCACUCCGACAGUUCCAGUGAACGUAAAAGACGCGGACACUUUCCACAUUACGAUCGAAGACUACCUUCUCGCCCUCUGCAGCACGAUUGAAGAGCUUGCAAGACUUGCCACAAAUUCUGUCACGUUGGGUGACCAUGCGCGGCCUCUACAGAUUAGCAAAUUCAUCAAGGACGUAUAUGCUGGGUUCCAGCUACUGAAUCUAAAGAACGACGCACUGAGAAAGAGGAGUGACGGGAUCAAAUACAGUAUCAGGAAUGUGGAAGGAGUGGUGUACGACUUGAGCUUGCGAGGGCUUGUGCCUAAGGACGAAGACACGAUGAAAAUGGAAUAG